GAUGCCGUUCCACCACGUCAGGUCUACACUGCUCUACACUGGAAGUCUCCUGAGCCGGACUCUGUCUGAGGGGAGCGAAGCCUUCCAAAUCACCAGUAUAUCCACUGAGGAGCUAGGAGAGAUCCGGCAGGCGUUCCGGGUGCUGGACCGGGAUGGGAACGGGUUCAUCUCUAAGCAGGAGCUGGGCAUGGCUAUGAGGUCCCUGGGAUACAUGCCUAGCGAGGUGGAGCUGGCCAUCAUCAUGCAGAGACUGGACAUGGACGGUGAUGGCCAGGUGGACUUUGAAGAGUUUGUGACCAUACUGGGACCCAAACUUCUGUCGUCUGAGACCAGAGAAGGUUUCCGAGGAAGCACCAUCGAUAACAUCUUCUGGCAGUUUGACAUGCAGCAGAUGUCUCUUGAUGAGCUGAAGCAGGUUCUGUUCCAUGCGUUCCAAGACCACCUGACAAUGAAGGAUAUCGAGAACAUCAUCAUCAACGAAGAGGAGAGCCUCAAUGAGACAGGGAACUGCCCCGAGUACGAGGGAGUCCAUCCUAAGAAGAAGAACAGACAGACGUGCGUGAGGAAGAGUCUGAUCUGUGCCUUCGCCAUGGCCUUCAUUAUCAGCGUCAUGCUCAUCGCGGCCAAUCAGAUGCUGCGGAAUGGCAUGGAGUAGCCAAUCACAAUGUGAGCCUGGGGAGUGGGCGGAACAGUAUUAUAACCUCACUUCCUCUCUCUGCAGUAAAGAAAAAAGGAAGACAGAGCAGCCAGAACCCAAACACAUCUGUGAAGGACAACUAUAUGUUCUUUUAAAUAAAGUUUGUUUUGAUUUAUACCGUAAACAGACAAGAGAGUGCAAGGCCUGAUGGACAACAAAGUAAAACGAAAAGCCAUUUUUUUCAAGUCACUAGGAGGACUUGAUUAACAUAGAUAGACUGGAAGGGAUGCAAAGCAAUCGUUUUAUAUUUUGUGGGGAUUAUUCCUUUCAUUUCUGUAUCAGAGAAGGCCAGCCGUUUAAAUUAAGAUUGCCUUUCUAAUCUCCCCUUUAAAAGAUUUUCUAAUCAACAGCAAUCUAUUCAAUAUGCAGCAGGUGCUUUGAGCCAUUUCUGAACUUUUGGUUCUGGAGUUCAUAUUAUUUCAGGAAGGCAAUAUCUGAGGAUACUGAUACUGUACUACUGUUCAAUGUUUUAAACUGUAUAUAAACAUGUUAAUCUGUUCAUUUAAAAAAAAAGAUUGUACUAUCUUAUAUUUAAAUUUGAUACCUACUCAGUCACUCACCUGUGAACAUUCUACACAUUUAUUUUUACACUGUGACAGAGGUGGUUUGCAUCUUAAGGACAGACUUCUGUUGGCUCCCAGAGCAAACACCAAGGCUUUAGCUCUGCUGACUAACAUAGUCUUCAGUAAAAUAGUAGACCUUCUACUGUACACCUGACAUUCACUCCCUCGCAAUGUUCUUACAAUAUAGUUGACUGUCUAUUUGUCUGUCUGUCUGUAUACACUGCAAUGUGACUCUGUGGAUAUUCAAAGCCACUGUAUGUAUGUGGAGUAUUUACCUUAUGUCGUGUCAGUCUACGUGUCCAUAGGACAGUGUGCUGUGUGUGUGUGUGCUAGACUGUCUAUGCUUGGUCAAGGUUGCUGCCUGGUGGCUAUGGAGAGAACUUCACCCAAAUGCUUGGAAUUUGAACCACGGAUAAUACAGUUGUGGUCUAAAAUGUCUUUGACCAGGCCCGAUUAAGAUUGCUUUUCAUUCCAGGAGGCUUUUGGGUUUUUCCACUUUUGCCCUCGUUCACUCCCCUUCACAAAUCUGAUAGGACUAGAUGGUUGAAAGCAUAUGGUGGAAACUCCAACACCUAUCCGACCUGAAGGCUUGGUGGAGCUUUUUCUUUACACCUACUGUACCAAUCCAGGGCCAAUAUUCAUGAAGCAUCUCAGAGUAGGAGUGGUGAACCAUUACCACCUAGCGGAUUCAUGUCAUUUAAAUUGCUGGUCAUAAGACUCACAAAGCGUCUGAGUAGUGCUAAGAAGAUACAUUUUACUCCUACUCUUAUGGGUGAAAAUAAAAGCUAUGCAUGAAGCCUCUUUCGUCAUUAGAGUCCCACCUCGUUGACAGAUAUUUAGGAGACCUCAUGAGCUGUCCUAACCAGUUGAGGGACCAGCGGGUGCCUUGAAAAGAGAAAAUGCAGCGAGUCAGUAGUUCCUGCACCACAUGCAAUUGCUUUGGAGUUGUUAAAGAAACGUUUUGAUAUUUAAUUUAUAUACGAUCAAUCCAUAAAUAAUCUGGACCUACAUGCAACAGUAUUUCUUGCGAUUUUGACAAUGAUUUCUCCUUGGCCUAUUUAACAUGAUAUGCCUAAAUACUUAUGAUAGGGGUAUUCAACUCUAUCCCUACAAGGUCUGGAGGUGACUAGUUUUCUGUUCUACCUGAUAAUGAAUUUUACCCACCUAGUGUGCCAGGUCUACAUCAGUCCCUGAUUAGAGGGGAACAAUGAAUAAAAGCAGUGGAACUGGCUUUGAGGUCCAGAGUUGAGUUUAAGGGCACUAGGCUAACAAAUAAACAUUUUUCUUUUGAUUAUUUAAUAACCUACAUCAUGCAACUUCAUGUUAUCCCUUAAAACACGUUUUAACAAGAUUCCUUUUUUUGUGGAUAUUAGCCCUGGGGACAUAUGUAUCAAGCAGCUCAGAGUAGUGCUGAUCAAGAAUCAGUUUUGUCUUUUAUAUCACAAUGAAUAGAAAGAUUACAUGGACAGGAUGGAGCUAAUCCUAGAUCAGUACUCAUACUCUGCUACACUUGAUACAUACAGCCUCUAAAAUCCACAUACUGUACACACUGUAACGUGUUCAAGAGACAGAGUAGUUUACAGAGGUCGUUCAUCGUUAAUGUUUUCACUUCCAAUAUCACAUGUGCGGGCUACUGCAAUGUAUUUAUAUUCUUGGCCAUGUAGUGUAGCUCGUCACACACAAAUAUCCCCUCGCUGUCUCAGAUAUUUUAAUAUAUUUAUAUGCGAUUGGUCCAUCAGUUUAUAAUAAAGCCAUUAUGGCCCCUGACACCAGCAUCUAAUCGUAAUGUGUAUCUAGAUUAGUCAUAGUUUUACUAUUGAAAAUGUUUCUGACAUAUCUUUUCUGACCUGGUAAAGGGAAUGUAACGAAAGAGGUCUAUUGCUUGAGGAGAUUUCUAUCACUGAGUUUCUACAGUGCCUUCGGAAAGUUUUCAGACCCUUUGACUUUUUCCACAUUUCUUGAGGUUACAGCCUUAUUCUAAAAUGUAUUAAAUUGUUA